CGAAGAUAAUAAACCCUCCCAGACAAGCACCACUCGCCUUCUGCACCACACUCUCACACCCGUCGACAGCCAGAAUCGCCGCAACCAUGGCGGACAAGUACAUCCCCGAGCACCGCCGCACCACGUUCAAAGCGAAGAGCGCCUUCAAGCCUGAUGAGCUCCGCCGCCGCCGCGAGGAGCAGCAGGUCGAGAUCCGCAGGGCAAAGCGUGAGGAGAACCUCGCAAAGCGGCGCGGUAUCGCCGGCAGGGACCAGCCGGGCGCCGCCCUGGGUGCUGCCCCCGACAGCGACGAUGAGGGCGGUAACAUCGAGAGCCAGCUCAACGAGGAGCUUCCCCAGAUGGUGAAGGGUGUCUUCUCAGAGCAGAUCGACGAGCAGAUCCAGGCGACGACCAAGUUCCGGAAGCUCCUUAGCAAGGAGCGCAACCCCCCCAUUGAGCGAGUCAUCGAGACGGGCGUCGUGAGCAGAUUCGUCGAAUUCCUCCGGUCGCCGCACACACUGGUCCAGUUCGAGGCUGCUUGGGCGCUCACCAACAUUGCCUCGGGUUCCGCCCAGCAGACCCAGGUCGUCAUUGAGGCCGGCGCCGUGCCCAUCUUCGUCGAAUUGCUCAGCAGCCACGAGCCCGAUGUGCGGGAGCAGGCCGUCUGGGCCCUUGGUAACAUUGCCGGCGACAGCCCCGCUUGCCGUGACUUUGUCCUCCAGGCCGGCGCUCUGCGGCCGCUGCUUGCCCUCCUGGGUGACAGCCGCAAGCUUAGCAUGCUCCGCAACGCGACCUGGACCCUGAGCAACUUCUGCCGCGGAAAGACCCCACAGCCGGAUUGGCAGACAAUCCAGCCCGCUCUCCCCGUCCUCGCUAAGCUCGUCUACUCCCUCGACGAUGAAGUCCUCAUCGACGCCUGCUGGGCCAUCUCAUAUCUCUCGGAUGGAUCCAACGACAAGAUCCAGGCUGUUAUUGAGGCUGGCAUUCCCCGCCGUCUCGUGGAGCUGCUGAUGCAUGCUUCUACCUCCGUGCAGACCCCCGCCCUCCGCUCUGUCGGAAACAUCGUCACAGGCGAUGACGUCCAAACUCAGGUCAUCAUCAACUGCGGCGCGCUCCCAGCUCUCCUCUCUCUCCUGAGCUCCACUAAGGACGGAAUUCGCAAGGAGGCUUGCUGGACCAUCUCGAACAUCACUGCCGGCAACUCCACCCAGAUCCAGGCCGUCAUUGACGCGAACAUCAUCCCGCCCCUCAUCCACCUCCUCCAAAAUGGAGAUUUCAAGACGAGGAAGGAGGCAUGCUGGGCCAUCUCCAAUGCCACUUCCGGAGGUCUUCAGAAGCCCGCUCAGAUUCGGUACCUCGUUCAGAGUGGCUGCAUCAAGCCGCUGUGCGAUCUGCUUGCCUGCCCUGACAACAAGAUCAUUCAAGUUGCCCUCGACGGCCUUGAGAACAUCCUGAAGGUUGGCGAGAUGGACAAGGAAGCUAACGCAGACGGUGCUGCCGGGGAGCCGAUCAACCGGUAUGCUCUCUUCAUCGAGGAAGUCGGCGGCAUGGAGAAGAUCCACGACUGCCAAAACAACGCCAACGAGGAGAUCUACAUGAAGGCAUACAACAUCAUCGAGAAGUACUUUUCAGACGAUGAGGCAGAUGCCGAGAACAUGGCCGAGACUGGACCUCAGGUCACCCAAGAUGGUCACUUUGGUUUUGGCGCUCCUCAGGCGCAACAACAGCAGAAUUUCAACUUCGCCAACGGCGGCGAUUCCAUGGAUAUGUGAGCGGCUCCAUCUCGACACCGACCUCCGCACUGUAAGUCGUCGCUUAGCGGGGGCGCAAGAGACCCUCCGUUCACACGUCCGCAACUCAAAACGCCCGGCUUUGUACGCCCUCGAUCUCUUGGAAUGUGAUUGCCAGGAAAUCACGUCUACACCAUUUAAUACACGACCCGUUCAAAAUACCACUAUCCCCGGCGACCCGAGAGUGCUCAGUGUUCCCCGCCCCUCCCGACACAAUCCUCCGGCUCCAAAGAGACCAAGCCCUUGCCAUGAUUAGUUUAUGAAAGCAUCGUAAGAUACACCGUCUUGUAAACCCCCCUGAUUUCCCCAAUCCGCAUCAUAUCCCCGGCGUUGCGAGUGGUUUCCUGUUUGUUUCUCCUCUGUUCUGGACGGCCUACGGACAAGUAGAGGCAGAAGGCGGGGUCAAUGUGCAAUGAUAGGAUGGUGGACUUGGCAGACUGGCGGUUGG